UGUCACGUGAUUAGUGUAUGACACAACUGGAAGGUAAACAUGCUACGCCUCAGGCUAUAGGCUCAAGAUGAAGGCUAAGAUUGUACUGCUUUGGAGUUUGGCAGUCUGUGUGUGUACAAGCUUCACAUCAGUAAGAGCUGAUUUUGUACUGACAGUCAACUUGGUCAACUACACCAACCCAACCGGACAGUGUGCUGAAUGUCAUCCUACAGAGACAAUACCAGUGUGCUGUGAUGAACUACCAUUUAACUUUGGAAACUGUGACAACACAGGAGAGGGUAGAUGUGACACCAGGUUCCGUUGGACCCUCAGACCAUUCGGUACUACACUAGAGACAAGACCCAGCAUGGGGUACUUCUUCACAGACUGUGCAAUGUCCCCCAGCACUUGCCCAUUCAAUGAAAUAAGCACAACAUUCGGUCAAGGUCCAGCAGCACUACUGGGAGUAGUACCCAAUCCUCUGCCUGUCUCAAGCACAGAUUUUACUAUAUGGACAGGGCGAAUUCAGUUCUUCAUAGAAGCCAUGGAUAGUGGACUCCCGAACAUAAUAGACAGUCUGUUGAUUGACCUGGACAACCUCCAACUUGGAGCAAACUUCACAGAGGAGAUGACGUUCACUGGAUACCACAACAUAUCUCACAUUAACCAUGAGUUUCAGAGUCGAGUGCUCUCCUGGUUUCUGUGGACCUGGCUGUAAAACAAUC